GUGCUUGUAACGCCUUGGUGCAGUAUGGGGGGGGGGGGGGGGGGGGGAUGCAGGCUAACAGGAGAUUUACAAGCUUGAUUUUUGAAGGCUCCACGUGCUGUUUGGAGGGGAAUGUCGCUUUGAGCUAGCUCUAGUGUGGACCAAAUGUCCGCUCCUGGCUGAGGUGGUGCUGGGGCAUGCAUCUACGCGGUUUCCUUUGAAAGAGAUUAAUUUCCUGUGCUGUGAGACUGUUGUGUUAUGUGAACGAAAGCCUGAUAGGUGAGGAAGAUGUGGUACUUCAAAACUAUGGUUCUGUUUGAAAAUACAAGCUUCUAUUUGAACUAAAAUACAAAUAUAGAUGUACUUCACCAGUGGCUCUGGUAAUUUGCAAUGGAAUCGGGCACUUGUGACUGUUAGACCAUAAUUGCCGGUAAAAUACUGUGGCUUUUUUUCUGUCUACGUUGUAUGUUGCAAACCCUUAGAAGCUCAAACUGUUCUCUUUGUCCUAGGAAAAAAUGACUCUUUAGGUUACUACUGAGAUUAAGACCCAUAGUUUAAAAACUAGGCUAAAAAAACCUAUCUGGAUUCAAAGCAGUUAGAGAAACAGACAAGAAACCAAACAAAUAAUUCUAUAUUAUAGCUCAUUUUCUCUGAAAUGAAGAAAAUAAGUAUAUUACUAAACUGGGCUACUGGUCUGUAUGAUGUGCAGGUGAUGGAUGUUUCAUUGGCAGGCCCAGAUGAUCGUACUGCUUCACCAAGUCCAGUGUCCUGCUUCAGCAUUGUCUUUUAUGUUUUGGGAAAAGUUGGCCUACACAUGCACGAAGCCAGCAGUUCUGUGUAAGGGGCACCGAACCGAUUGUGCCUCAAAGCAGAAUAUUUUAUUACUGUAAGCAUGAAUAACUACAAAGGUAGUGGUAGCUGUGGGGUUACAGUAUGUGGCUUGUUAUGACAAAUGUACAUGAUCUGAAGUACUUUCUUCUAAUUCUGUGAGCACUGGUGAAUUUAUUUAAUCUUUUCUUACAGGCUUUACUGAGCGGGAGAUAUUUUUUCACAGGACUUUCAGUAGUUCCUCCGGCUCCCUCCACUCCUGGAGUGAGGGCGGUGGCAGAGCUGAGUUGGUACAGUACUGCUGUCUUGCUUCCUCUCCCUCUUCCCAAGUGCAUGCAAUAUUCAGUAUUUUCAAGAAGCUGGUUUACAGUUAUCUGUAAUUUUCUGGCAAGACUCUUGACAUGCAGUGAAGCCUCACCUCUCUCUUCUUCCUCAGUAGAAUUGCUAUGAAGAGAGACAAGGAAGCUGGUAAUUUUUCCAUCUACGCAGUCUGGGGAGCAGAAAAAUCCUAUUAACAAGUCUGAUACUCUCCAGUUCGUUACCGCAUGUCUUGUUUGUAUCGCUUUCCUGCUGUCUUUGAGGAGCCCUGGAGUUCCGACAGCCCUCUCAGGUUCUUCCUCAACUUCCUUAUUCAAAACUUUGCCUGGGAUCAGGAUCUUGGAUUAUGUUUUCCUCACUUGUCUUUCAUAAUUAAUACCAGGGCUACAUAUUUCGUAAGUAUUUUGAACAGACGUUUAAGGUAGUCGGAAUGCGUCGCCCACAGGAUUUUUUCAUUCAAAUACAGAAGUGAUUAUCAGACUAUGACAGGACACAACUGAAGAUCUGCUGGUUUCCAUGGAAGUCCCUUGGUUUAUAAUAGCUGGAAUAGCAGACAGUUCUACAAACAGCUUGUUAAGUGCUUGUGUGGGUGAGUGGGUAUGGGGAGCAAGAAACUUGAUUGCCUCUGUUAUUUGUGCAUUAGUACCGUUCUGAUGGGAAAUUCGUUAUUACUUACCUUCAAACUGAAUGCCCAGAGAUUGACUAAACAAAAGUAUGUCUCGGUGCCUCUGAGCACCAUUCUUUUGAAACAAAAUGUUAGACCAUCUCCAGUUCUCUUAAGUUCUUGACACUGGUAUUCCGGUAGCUCUGGGAUGGCCGCCCUUCAGCAGCAAGUAUUGUGGAUCUGCCAUGCUGGCAGAAAAUGCCAGUUCUUUUUUCAGAAAAAUAGGGUUGGAAGAGUGAGUUAAUUGCCGUAAUCACAAAAUAAUGUGGAUUAUAGACUUGUACAUCCCCCACAAUCUAUAAUUCCCCCAAGUGUCCUCAAAUACUUAAAAAUUUCUUGAGCAGAAGGGUGAAGUGCAUACAAGCAGGAAAGUACUGUUAUCAUUUCGGACCUGAAUUCAUAUUGUAACUGGUCAGGCUCAAGCUUUCAGUAUUUAUCAAACACUGGGUUUGUCAGCAGAUCCACAUGUAAGGCUGGUACCAGAAGCAGUCAUUCUGACUCGAUGUGCCUUAACAUGAUCUUGAAAUUGCAGGUGCACUAAGGAGUAGUAGUGAGGUGCAGUCUGGCAAGCAUACUUCCCUUAAAGAGACACUGUCUGGUUGCAUGGAUGUGAAAAUGGAAGAGAUGUUCAAUCCCCGCUUUUCAUCGUGCCAUAUGGAGCUUUUUUUUUUUCUCCCCUCUUCCCCAAAUGAAUACAAGGAAUCCGUAACAGCACUUGAAGCGAGAUCUCGCUGCAGUGGGUGUACAGCCCUGGAAAUCGUUGGCUGGAUGGUUAAGGUGGAAAGCAGUGCUUCAGCAAGAGUCCUGGGGUGCGUUCUACUACUCUUAUCUACGUCUCCUACAGUAUGAGCUGGAUUCAUCGUUAGCCUUGUGUUCAGUGAAUUGAGUUCUGUUUGGGGAUGUUUCAUCUGCGUAAUUUGAGCUCACAAAUAAGGAAUGACAGUGUUCAUAAAGGUUGUGCUGCAGGCGGCUUAAAAAUCAUUUAGGAAAGCAAUUGUCUUUGGUUUCCUGCAGACGGGCGUCAUCUCUGCAAAUGUCAAGGGAAUGGCAAACUGAGGUGCGGAGGAGUAAGGAGUAGCUUUUUCAUUAGCACAUAUACAAGGAUGAUUGGUGUGACAGAAGCAAAUUGGGUUGAAUGUAUGCUGCCUUCCUUGCUUGAAGGUGGAAGGGGUCUGCUUUUGUACCUGUUCAAAGCACGUAGAUAAGUAGCAUGGACAGGAUUUCUGCUGUUGUGGGACAAGGAAAAAUACUUAUUUCCUGUACAAAAUAGACUUUUGAAGAAGUAGCUCUUGAUGCUCUUAAAUAGCAGAGCCAAACACCUCUCUCCAAGGUGUUGUCAUGUAAGUUAUUGGGGUGGAGAAGACCAAGUUCUGAGUUUCCACAGUGAAGUUGCAUGUGGAGACUUGGCUGUUGUGGUGGCUUGGCUAGUAAUCUAUAGAGAACGGUGGAGGAGCCUGCGCUGGUGCCGCUCCACAGCACAAAGAACACUGCUUUUCCAUUGCACUGCCUGGACAAACGGGUGCAACUGUGGUCUCCCAUCUUCUCGUCCUCCUGAUGCUGUUGGCCCUACCUUGGUGCAAGUCUGUAAGAACACACAUUGUGCAAUCAGUUGCUCUUAAUCGCUUUUUACCUUAUUUUUAGUGUGUGGACCUAUGGGAAACUGGCAGGAGAACACAAAAGUGGUUUUUUCCAAACUCUUUGAACACCUUUUGUAAGGAAGUGACUGUAAUCUUAGUUCCUGCAACUAACUAUUACUGUCCCUGCUAUGCAUUGCAGAGGUGAGCAGAGUUGUCAGGCAAGGCAUUUGAUGAAUGUGGAGCAAAAUUUUGUCUAGAGUGGAAAAUUUUGCAUGUUGUUAGCACCUCUUCUAAUAUGAAGAGGUUUGGCAGUGCUGUACUGUUAAAAGGAUGUUCAGAAUUUGGACUUCUGUGAGCUUUUAAGGUGAAAAUAUUUUAGAUAUACAGUCAGAUGAAUCCAUUUCUUCUUUAAAUCUCUUGGUUUAAAACUGCAGAGCCAGCUUCCGAGCGUCUUUCAGUAAUAAACACUCCCUAGCAGAGAAAAUAUCUAAAUUAAUUACUUGCUGUGUCACAUUGUUGCUGACUUGUUUCCCCUAUCACUUACAUAAACCAGCAGGAUAAACAGGCACAGGAAAUGGCUGGUAAUUCUUUUACAUUGUCAAAGGACAAUGUUAAGUGUCUGCUGCUGUGAAAAAUACUCAGUUCACCUUUUUAAAGGUGGUUUGACUCCUUCUGCUUUUUUUUUUUUGUUACUUUUAAGUAUAAAGGAUAAGUUUCUCAUGUAACUCUGGAUGGGGAGGCUUGGAAUUACUUCAGAAAAUUCAUUUUUACUUUGAACGCCCUUUCUCUCCUGUGUGAUUGUGCUGGCAUUUCUGUAUCAAAAGGAUUGGACUGUCGGCAAUUACCAUGAUCCUUGUCUUCAUCCCAGCUUUGAAUCCAGUGGACUAUUGAAUAGGCAAAUAAAACCGGCUGGUUCAGGAAGAUGAAACAGAGUAUCUGACUGAAUUUCGAAUUUCAUUAGAAGGAAGACUGAGACAGGUAAACAUCAAGAGGAUGAGAUGAAUCUGUUUAUGCUCAGCCCCUAACAUGACUGAAUUUGCAGGAAGAUCAUCUGAGAGCAGCCCCCAGCCUUGCUGCAAGGCCCUUUACCUGCAAUGCAGUGCUGUGCAUCUGCAGCUAGGUGGUGGAGGCAAAUCCCUCUUCUCCCUCACUCGUGCACAAAGCUUUGCUGCGUUCGAGAAGAACCAGCCCCUCUGCCUGCCGUUGAUGUCCCCCUGAUCAGUGUGGCAUCUGAUUUUUAAUGGCUCUUUCGAAAACUAUUGGGCUGUCUUCAGGAAUAUCUUUAUCAAUGGGAGGCCGUGCUUCAUGCAGACCCGACACUCAGCAUCGGGGCCCUGCUGCUCACUCGGAGAAUGAUCUUCCAGAGCAAGAGGAAGAAAUCCUGGGAUCAGAUGAUGAUGAACAAGAGGAUCCAAAUGAUUACUGUAAAGGUGGUUAUCACCUUGUGAAAAUAGGAGAUCUCUUUAAUGGACGAUACCAUGUGAUUCGGAAGCUGGGAUGGGGCCACUUCUCCACUGUGUGGCUAGCUUGGGACAUCCAAGGGAGGAGAUUUGUGGCAAUGAAGGUGGUGAAGAGUGCAGAGCACUACACAGAAACAGCACUGGAUGAAAUCAAGUUGCUAAAAUCGGUCCGCAACAGUGAUCCAAAUGAUCCAAGUAAAGAGAGAGUUGUUCAGUUAUUAGAUGACUUCAAGAUUUCAGGAGUUAAUGGUUCUCAUAUCUGUAUGGUGUUUGAAGUUCUAGGGCAUCAUCUCCUGAAGUGGAUCAUCAAGUCAAAUUAUCAGGGGCUUCCACUCCCUUGUGUCAAAAAGAUCAUCAAACAAGUUCUUCAGGGUCUGGAUUACUUGCACACAAAAUGUCGAAUCAUUCAUACAGAUAUUAAACCUGAGAACAUUCUUCUGUGCGUUAAUGACCAGUAUAUCCGCAGGCUGGCUGCAGAAGCAACAGAGUGGCAGAGGUCUGGGGCUCCCCCACCAUCUGGCUCUGCAGUGAGCACUGCACCACAGCCAAAACCAGCUGACAAAAUGUCAAAAAAUAAAAAAAAGAAGUUGAAAAAGAAGCAGAAACGGCAGGCUGAGUUGUUAGAGAAGCGAAUGCAAGAGAUAGAGGAAAUGGAGAAGGAAGCAAGCCCUGGGCAGACACAGCCUGAAGAGGAGGAAGAAGCUCAGAGCCCCCUGGAAAUGCUCAUAAAAGUUAGUCCACCGGAGGAAAACGUCAGCAAAAAGACAGCUGAAGUCACACAAGAGCAAUCUGUUCUAAUGGAAAGCAGCGUGGAAAAAUGUGUAACAGAAAUAAAUUGCAAUGGAGUGAUACAAAUGACGGACUUCCCAGACUCCGGCAACCAAGGGUCUGUGCGACUUGAGGAUGACCUUCAUAAUGCCAAUGACUGUGGUGAUCACCCUCACACACAGAAGGAGAACUUCCAUAGUUGUAAUUACAGUCAGCGUAACGGUGACUCGGAGAACAGGCCUCAAGAAGCAAUGUCGGACUCGUUCGUGCCCUUAGUUUCGGAAGAUUCCAUGGUGUGUCAGCCCACGUCCAACGAAGAGCGAUCAUUCAAUGAGCAGGAGAUUAACCAUUUGCAAGAAAGCAUCCGGACAGAGAUACCUUCAGAGGACGAGAAUGAGAAUAAUAGCCCGUCAGACAACAAAGGAAAAUCAACUGCUGGGAAUUUCCUUCUUAAUCCUCUUGAGCCCAAGAAUGCAGAUAAGCUCAAAGUGAAGAUAGCUGACCUAGGAAAUGCCUGCUGGGUGCACAAGCACUUCACUGAAGACAUCCAGACAAGACAGUACCGAUCCUUAGAGGUGUUGAUAGGAUCGGGGUAUAACACCCCUGCUGACAUCUGGAGCACGGCGUGUAUGGCCUUUGAGUUAGCAACAGGAGAUUAUCUGUUCGAGCCUCAUUCUGGGGAAGAUUACUCACGGGAUGAAGAUCACAUUGCAUUGAUCAUAGAACUUCUGGGGAAAAUACCUCGCAAGCUCAUUUUGGCAGGAAAAUAUUCCAAGGAGUUUUUCACCAAAAAAGGUGAUCUGAAGCACAUCACCAAACUGAAGCCCUGGGGCCUUUUUGAAGUCUUGGUGGAAAAAUACGAGUGGUCCCAAGAUGAGGCAGCUGCAUUCACAGACUUCUUAUUACCUAUGCUGGAGCUGAUCCCAGAGAAACGAGCUACAGCAGCAGAGUGUCUCAGGCACCCCUGGCUUAACUCAUAGAGCCUCCAACCCAACGCCACAGCACUACACUCUGGUUUACAGCAUAGCAUACAUGCACCCAGAUGCCCCUUCCCAGAUCCAUAUUUUUUUUUUUUUUUCCCCCCCUUGUUCAUUUUCAGUGUGAAGUUCUUCCUUCAAGGCUUCCAAGAUUUUAGAUAAAUCUGACCUGUUCUGCUGAGUUUGCUUGUGUGACUCCACUGGGGACUCUCCUCAGCCAGUGGGCAUCAUCUGUGUUUUGCCUUGAUUGGGCUUCGCCAAAGACUAAUUGACUAGAAUAUGAAGUUUCUCUUUCUGAGUCUCCUCACUGUUAAUCAACGUGUGCUACAGAUGUGAGCUCACCUGUGCUCAGAUAUGCUCCCUUAGCUAAAUUUCAACUCUCCUUUCCUCAUGAGGGGGACGUGAAGAUCCCAAUGCCUCCUUAUCUCACUGACUCAGGAGUCGAUUUCCCGCUGUUCAUCCAGUAGCUAGUGAUGGGGUGAGAAGGAACAGAUGGCACCAAGGUGGUGGUGUUAGUUCCUUGUAAAGGCCUCCAAAUCCUCCAUCAUUUUCUAGGUGUCUACCGUAUUCUUUGCUUUCCUGUCACAUAACUUUUCUUUAGUUCUAGCUGCUUAAAUCUUUUGAAGAGAGCUAUUUAAACCUAGGUUUUAGUAUCCUUUAUUUCUUCCUCCAAAGUGCCCUGACCUUUACUUUUUCCUUCCCUGUGCCCACAUAGUCAGAAUAGUUUCUGAACUCGGUGAUGUUUUCUACUUUAAUGCCUGUGACUAAAAGGUGACAGGGAAAAUGAGCAAAAGCUGGAACUGACUCAAUGCACAAUCUUCAGCAUGCAGAUGGGCGCACGCUUUGGCUGCAGAGAGGUGGCCUCGUUGCAGGCAACUCUCCUAAUGUUUUAGUGAGCUGUAAGUUUUCUGGUUUUUAUCCCUUACUGGCACUUUUUUGCCUUGCUUGAGGCGGUUGCUGUAUCUGUGAGAGAGUGGCUUUCACUGAUGCAGUCUACUCUGGCUCUUAACUUUUGACCGUUUACUUUUUCCCAAGAAAAGGGUGGCAGCAUCUGUAUCGCAGCCAUGCUAUAGCCCUUCACUUUCAAAAUCAACACUUGAAGGCCCAGUGUAAAGAUUUCUUUUCCUUUAACUUGCUUCAGGUGCUGGCCUUCAGAAAUAACUUCCCGGCAUGGGACUGCCUUUUAUUUUCUGGGCCGUUAGCACAAGGAAAGCUAGCAGAAGUGGAAGAGAACUAACUUCUCCAUGUAGAUACUGGAUUAGAGGCUGUUUCUAGAGUUACCCUGAGUAGAAAUGUUCUGUGGGGUUUCUAUAUAAACUUCGCAGAGGGGUUGGAUAUGAGUAAAUGGGUUAAUUUUAAUUAAAAGUUAAAUCACUGCGGCGUUUGAUAGUUUUACGAUGGCUUCUUCUAGACUUGCCCAUCCUAUUACAGAUUCAGUGCAUCCUCCUCUACUCUAAAGCAAGAUUUGGCAGCGUUGAGACUUCAGAGGCGCUUCCUCACCCUGGACCAAACAGGCCUUUGGAUUCGUGGUGGCUCUCGGAGGAUAGAAGUUGCUGCAGGAGCGUGCUGGAGGCCACGCAGACGCUAUCCGAGACAAUUACGUUGCCAAAGCUGCCAAGACCACUGUUAUGUGUCCCUUCCAUAUGUGUGUUUGGAACUGCUGGUUCGUAAGGAUCGUUCUUUCAUAAACCUUGGUGUCAUUUAAUCCGUUUGAAAAGAUUUUUUCCAGUCCAGUGCCUGAUUAGGCUUAUUAAUGCAAGUCAUGCUGCAUGUUCUUUUAGGGGUAGAUCAGGUUCUCUAUGCAUAUAAUCUAAAAUUAAAGGAAGGUAACAUACCAAAAGAGUUUUAAACUGCUGAUUUGACCUUCCCCCUCCCCUCCCCUUUCAUCUGGCGUUUUCCAGUUGCGUGUUACUUCCAGAUCUGCUCUAGAAGGACUGCGGACAGGACUGGGUUCCAAAACACCUACUGUCUACUUACUGUGAAGAUAUAUUGGCAGGGCAAACAAUUUCUGUUGUCUUGAAAGGUCCCCCGGUCCUGUGUACUUGAGACUGGCCCAUUCAAGAACUUUUUCCUAGCAGGGGUCUGCGUGCUUCGACUCAGAGAGCUCCUUCCCGUCCUUCCCUUCCUUCUGCCGCCCCUGACUGGAGGAGGAGGUGGUUUUUUUUACUGUGAUAGCCAAGGCUAGAGCCAGCUUGUGAGUUGAAGACCUGCAGAAGUAGCUGUUGGGAUUCAGUCUUGUACCGUGUGCUCGUUCACUUGGGGUUUGUUAAAUUUCCAAAUUGCCGUAAAGUGCUCACACUAAAGGAUUUGUACUUGCUGUGUCAGUCUAAAACCUGAAGGAAAAUACAUUUUUAUUCUUUCUACUUGGGUGCUUUGUCUUUUUUUUUUCUUUGUGAAAGCUGAACAAUAAACAGAUUAUUUAA